AUGGUCUCGUUGCCAAAAGAAGUCCCCGAAGGAGAAAAGAUCUUUUCUAUCAUAGCGAGGAACGGAACAAAGUUCACUGUCGAACUUGCGAAGGCAAACGGAACAGAUCAAUUGGACGUUCAGAAGUCGAAUAUGCUCCUCAAGUCGAUCAUCAUUGAAGGAAAUCGAAAUAUGAUUUCGUGGAGGAAAAGCUUCUUCGACUUUGAACACAGAGAAACGAAGAGAUCGGGGUCGGAAGAAAUCAAUAUCCUCCCGGGGUUCUCCUCGACCGUCCAAAUCUUCGACGACAAAUCUUAUAUUGUUGUCGAUAAGUCAUUCAGAGUGCUGAGGACAUCAACUUACUUGCAAACACUCUCUGGAAAGAGUCAAGACGUCAUCAAGAAAGAGUUCCAGCCAUGUGUGUUGUACAACAAAAUCACUAAGAGACUUGAGAAAAUCGAUGAGAUCUCAUUUGAAAUGACUCCAUUGAGCACGUUCAAGAGAAAAGAUGGCUCUGAAAUUUCGAUUAAACAGUACUACACGGACAAAUACACCAAAAUUGUCACGGACGAUGGUCAACCCAUUUUGAUCCAGAAAAAGAUCGAGAAAGACUCGGAAGGAAAGGAGGUUGUCAAACAGCCGGCGUACUUUGUACCGGAAUUCAUGUGCCCAACAGGCAUGACUGAUGCGAUGAGAGCAGACAACAGACUGAAUCAAGACAUGGCAAGUAUUUUCCACGCUGAUCCAAGAGAGAAGAUGAGAAGCUUGAAGGAGAUUGCCACGAACAUGUCCAAUAUUGUGGAUAUGAAGAACUGGAGAAUCGACAUUUCGACUGAACCUGCGAAGUUCUCAUCGUUCAAGUUGCCACAACCGUCGUUGAUAUUUAAAGAUAACAAGAUUGAACCGGAUGAGAAGAGAGACUGGAACAGAUUAUUGAAGAACGUCUCGUACAUUAACAUGAAGCCAUUGACUAAGUGGACUGCUUUCAUGACCGAGAGUAGCAGAGACGAUUUCAACAAAUUUGAGGGACAACUCUCCAAUUAUUAUCGAAGAAUUAGAGUGGACUAUGCCCGCCCAGUCAUCAAGAUCAUUACGGGGACCCAGAUUGAAGGACUUGAAGAUUCGACAACUGGUGACGAUUUGGUGUUUGCUGUUACACAACCCGAUUCCGUCUAUGAAACUAUUAAGAAGUUCUGUGUUAACAAACACAUCCCAACUCAAUGCAUCAA